AGCAUCCUGUGGAAGAGGAGUGGAAGCUCUCUGAACAAGGAGUGGAAGAAGAAAUACGUCACCCUGUCCAACAAUGGCACUCUGUCGUACCACUCCAGCUCCAGUGAUUACACACAGAAUAUCCACGGGAAAGACAUCGACCUGCUUCGUGUGACGGUUAAAGUUCCCGGGAAACGUCCUCCGAGAGCGGUGGCUCCCGCGGCGCCCUCACCUGCGGCCCCCGGCCCCCUACCUCGAGUUAACGGGCUGAGCAAAGAGCUGACGGCCGCUGACGGCACCAGCACAGUCCCUCAGCUGUGUCCGUCCACCCUGUCCGUGGUGGACGAUCGCUCCGGCGGUUUGUCGCCUCAAGGUGGAGAGAGAGGUCUUCAGCGCUGCUCGUCCUCGUUGUCCACCAAAGCACAAAGUGUUGACGCCCUCGAAGGGACGGCCGGUCCUUUUGCUGGAAAAGACGCGGGUCAGUCGUCUCCCAUGAGCGACAGGAAGAAGAACAGGAGGAAGAAGAGCAUGAAUCAGAAAGGAGACGCAGCCGUGGGACAGGCUGAAGCCAAACGUAAAAUGUGGAAGUUAAAGAGCUUUGGUAGCUUGAGAAACAUUAAUAAGACAGACGAGGAGAACGCAGACUUCAUCGUGGUGUCGUUCACAGGGCAGACGUGGCACUUUGAGGCCCAGAGUCUGGAGGACAGGGACUCGUGGGUGUCGGCUAUCGAGAGCCAGAUUCUGGCCAGUCUGCAGUCGUGCGAGAGCGGCAGGAACAAGGCUCGUCGGAGCAGUCAGAGCGAGGCCGUAGCGCUUCAGGCCAUCCGCAACGCCAAGGGCAACGGCCUGUGUGUGGACUGUGAAGCUCCCAAUCCCACCUGGGCCAGUCUCAACCUGGGCGCGCUGAUCUGCAUCGAGUGCUCGGGGAUCCAUCGAAACCUGGGGACUCACCUGUCUCGCGUCCGCUCGCUGGACCUGGACGACUGGCCCGGAGAGCUCACACAGGUCCUGGCCGCCAUCGGCAACCACAUGGCCAACAGCAUCUGGGAGAGCUGCACGCAGGGCAGAACCAAACCCACGCCGAGCGCCACGCGUGAGGAAAGAGAGUCGUGGAUCCGUGCGAAGUACGAGCAGCGGGCGUUUGUGGCCCCUCUUCAGCCGACCUCGGGGACCCAGCCGCCCGACGACGGGCCGCCGGUGUGGCUCCUGUCUGCGGUGACGGAGAGGGACCUGCCCAGACUGCUGCUCCUCCUCGCCCACAGCACCAAGGAAUGGAUCAACGCUCAGCCGGCCGGCUCCACCUCACCGCCUCGCACGGCCCUGCACGCUGCCUGUCACCUGGGAGACGUCGUCAUGACUCAGCUGCUCGUCUGGUACGGAAUCGACGUGAAAGCGAAGGACAACCAGGGCCAGACGGCCAUGAUGAUGGCCAGAAAAAACGGGAGCAAAGGCUGCAUGGAUAUUUUGCACCAGCACGGCUGUCCGAGCGAGACGUCCCCCACCACUGCCACGCCCGUCCUCUCCCGCCGCUCCAGCACUGCCAGCCUGGGCCGAACCAGCUCCAGGAAACGGGUGUCGUAGCGUGGACUGAAGAAGCGAUGCUGCGGGGUGGGGGGUGAUUCUGUGGAGACGGGUGUACUAUAAGAAAAAUCACAGAACUGGUGAUUUAAAAAAAAAAAAAAAAAUGCUUCUGAAGACUGAACAACAUAUCAAACAACUUUAAAAGCAAUAUUCACGUUGUUGUCGAUGACAGAUGUAAUAUUGCUGAAAUACCGUGUUGUUGUCGAACCUCAUUACGAAAAAUGACUCGAGUAGAACUUUGUAGCCGUCGUCUGUAGUCUCAGAGCAGACGCUCCAUCUGCUUCGGUUCCACUUCGUCCAGAUGAAGUGCAAUAAUCAGAUGAGGAAAAAGCGACAAGUGUGACGGUGAGAGAAUCAUCACGUUACCGGGAGGGGGGGGGGGGGGGGGGGGUUUCUUUUAUUCACAUUUUCUGUGACUGGACCAAAACAGCUUUUUUUUUCCUUUGGCUUUACAGAUUAAACAUAAACCUACAAUAUGUCAUGUUGUUAGUUGCGUGUCCCUGUUGCCGCAGUGUAAAGGCUGAGAUUAUUCUGCUUAGACUAGAAACAUGAAUGGUUUGGAAUAUGAAAUAUGUCAGUGUUACUCUCACAGGUCAAGACUUUAAUAUUCUGUAAAUGUACCUAUACUACAAUCUUAAUGUUCCACUCUGUAACGAAGACACAGCCGGAGAAUCAGACUCGAUUUUGUAAAUGUUUUCUUACAGGUAGUUUUGAAAAUAUGUCAGGUUUGUUUUUUCAUUGUCUUUUAUAAUUUCUUAUCCUCUGUCACGAAAACAUAAACCAGGAAACAAAACAAAAACAAAAAAAAGUUUUACAUGUGUAAACAUGUGGCUAUUUGUUGAAAGUUUGAUUUGGGAUGACGACAUGAUUCAUAUUCAUAUUCCUGUUGUGUAGGUUCGAUCCCGUGAGUCCCAGUAUGAAGCAGCUGUCACUUCUGACACUUUGUGGGUCGAGUGAAUCAUGAGCUCAAACAAAUAGUUACCAGAAUAAAAUAAAGUUUUUAAAAAAAGA